GCAGCCGGUUUGUUUUCCUCUGUAGGGUUGCUACAUUGAUCCCACUCCCGCCUCCUCCUGCUGUCAGGCCCGUCCUGAGCCGGUGAGAGUUAGUGUGACCCGGACUGAGGCAGUCCCGCUCUACCCCGGCUCACCCGGCCCUGUCCAUCUGUAAUGAGCGACGGACACAUCACAGCCGAGUGGCCUCGGGAGCCGCAGCUCAGACUCAACUCUCCGUACAGGGUGAGCACACCGGUGCAGGAACAUUGUCGGUCACCCGGUAGUCAGAGUGUGAUUUCCCGGGAUCUCACUGAACGCCGUCCGGUUACAUCAUCAGAGAGCAUCGCCAGCAGGAGCUUCCUGCACCGGGACCGAAGUGGAAACAAGAAGACAUCAAUCAACAAUCUUCAGCCAGAAUCAGAAUGCACUCAGGUGGGAAAUUGAAUCGGGCACUGAAAGUACUCAGGAGGUUUUUACCAGGCAAUUCACCGAGGAAAGAUGAUCAGGACACGGGAAGCAAGGUACCACAGCAGGGUCAGAUUGAGAGCAAUGUCCCAAUGGAAUGCAGUCUGGCCGCAGCGGAAGUGGAGCAAAUUCAGCCCAGAGACAGUGACGUCAGAGACACUGAUCAGGACCCUGGAACCGGUACAAGUGAGGCGACUGUCUGUCAGCCCAGAGACAGUGACGUCAGAGACACUGAUCAGGACCCUGGAACCGGCACAAGUGAGGCGACUGUCUGUCAGCCCAGAGACAGUGACGUCAGAGACACUGAGCAGGACCCUGGAACCGGUACAAGUGAGGCGACUGUCUGUCAGCCCAGAGACAGUGACGUCAGAGACACUGAUCAGGACCCUGGAACCGGUACAAGUGAGGCGACUGUCUGUCAGCCCAGAGACAGUGACGUCAGAGACACUGAUCAGGACCCUGGAACCGGUACAAGUGAGGCGACUGUCUGUCAGCCCAGAGACAGUGACGUCAGAGACACUGAUCAGGACCCUGGAACCGGUACAAGUGAGGCGACUGUCUGUCAGCCCAGAGACAGUGACGUCAGAGACACCGAUCAGGACCCUGGAACCGGUACAAGUGAGGCGACUGUCUGUCAGCUCGGAAGCUCAUUGAACACGGAAUUGUCAAGUCCCCAACAAGGAGCAGAGCCACAGUUUACAAUCUCUGACCUCCUGGUAGAGGGGGAUGAAUAUCGACUGUACCAGCUGACAAAGUUCUACAGAGACAGACUCGAACAAGCGAUUGAAGAAAAGGUUGAAAGACUCGGUUGGAUGUUGACAAAGGAGGGACAUUUCAGUAGAGAAGAAAAUGAGAAAGUCACUGAACUGACAGAGAAGGGAAACCGGACAGAGAGUUCCAGACUCUUCCUCAGUUUGGUGAUGGGUAAAGGCUCCCGGGCCCGGAGGGCGAUGUGGGAAUCCUUUGUGAUGUGGAGGACUGAGUUACCGAAGUUGGACAGAAUACUGAGGGAAAUACAGGAGCUCGGUCCGGAUCCACAGGAAUACAUGAACAUCGACCUAGAAUUAUUUGAGUUACCGACUCAACUGAUAGAUGUUCAACAGAAACACAAGGAGACUCUGCGAGCACAAACUGAAACUCUGAGAGUGAACACGAUCCUGAUGAAGGAGAAGGUGAAGGUUUUCCAGCUGGUUGAUCGAUACGCUGAGCUCACGGUCAUUUCUACUGUUCGAGAUCGGAGACUAGUGGAACAUGAGCUGGUGGCAAGAGGCAGAGACCACGAGGAGUGGAGAGAGAAACAUCUCCGCGGAGAGCUGGAAAAAAUCCGGACUGAUCAGUUACUCCAGAGCAGCUUUUCUCGGAGUAAAUUCAAAUCUGGGAGUUCAGCAGCAGUGGCCGGAGUCCCGGGGAUUGGGAAAACAACAAUGGUACAAAAGAUUGUUUAUGACUGGGCCACAGGGAAAAUAUACCAACAAUUCCAGUUUGUCUUCAGUUUCAAAUUCCGGGAUUUAAACUCCAUUAACUGCAGAAUAAAUCUAAGGGAACUGAUUCUGGAUCAGCAUCCUUACUUCAGGAAUAUCCUGAGUGAGGUCUGGAAGAACCCAGAGGGAUUGCUGUUUAUAUUCGAUGGUUUAGAUGAGUUCAAGCACAAAAUAGAUUUCGCUGACAGUCGGAGAGAUACAGAACCCAAGCACCAGUGUCCAGAUCCCGAGUGGUGGUGUGAAGUGUCUGACAUUGUGUACAGUUUAAUCCAGGGCAAGCUGCUCCCAGGGUGUUCAGUGCUGGUGACCACCCGUCCCACUGCGUUACAUUUAUUGGAAAAGGCUGAGAUCGGUGUCUGGGCUGAAAUCCUGGGAUUUGUUGGUGAGGAACGGAAGGAAUAUUUCAACAGGUAUUUUGAAGAUCAGACAGUGGCAGCAGCUGUUUUCAAACAUGUGGAGGAGAACGAGAUCCUGUACACCAUGAGCUACAACCCCUCCUACUGCUGGAUCCUCGCUCAAACAUUAGGCCCCUUCUUCACACAAAGAGUCAGGGACCAGCAGCGAGUUCCCAAGACUAUCACCCAACUGUACUCCUACUAUAUUUACAACAUCCUGAAAAACCACGGCCGUGAGAUUGAGAACCCCCGUGAUGUGUUACUCAGGGUUGGGCAGAUGGCCUUCAGAGGAGUGUUCGAUAAGAAGAUAAUAUUUACAGAUGGGGAUUUGAUCAACUACGAUCUGCAGCCUUCCCAGUUUCUGUCCGGGUUCCUGAUGGAGCUUUUGGAGAGAGAGUACUCUGCCCAGAACGUGGUGUACACAUUCCCACACCUCACCAUCCAAGAGUUUGUAGCUGCAGUCGCACAAUUCCUGAAUCCACAUCCCGGGGAUAUCCUAAAAUUCCUCACUGAAGCCCACAAGAAGACAGAUGGUCGAUUUGAGGUAUUCCUCCGUUUUGUUGCUGGUCUCUCUUCCCCAAUGACAGCUCGGGGCCUAGAGGAGUUUCUGGGUCCAUUUCCUCAUCAAACAACCUGCCGGGUGAUUGACUGGGUGAAGGAGGAGGUUAAACGCCAGAGCGGAAACGACAGUGAAGCUGGUAAAAGGAGCCUCCUGAACACAUUGCACUACCUGUUUGAGUCUCAGAACCCUGGACUGGCUCAGGCCGCACUGGGAUCUUUUGAAACACUUUCAUUCCGUGGAAUGCCACUGACCCCGAUUGACUGCGCGGUCCUGUCUCGUGUGAUCGGACUCUGUGAUACAAUUAAAAACCUCGACCUUCAGAGCUGCCACAUUCAGUGUGAAGGAAUCCAGCGGCUGGGACCCAGACUGCACAAAUGCCAGGAGUUAAGACUUGGGUGGAAUAAACUGGGAGAUUCAGGAGUGAAACUGGUGUCUGCGGCUCUGAGGAACCCGAAGUGUAAAAUACAGAAACUGGUGCUGAUCGCUGUCGGUCUCACAGAUUCUGGUGCCGAGGAUCUCGUCUCCGCUCUCAGUAAAAACACAUCACUGACGGAGCUGAACCUGAGAUUAAACUCGCUGACAGACCGAUCUUUUCACCCUCUCCGCCGCCUCAUACUGACCCACCCGAGUCUGAAACAGAUCACCCUGGUGGAGAAUCACCGGGAGAAGGACCUGAGAUCUCUGCAGGAUCCGAAACGGGGAACCUGUGAACAUCUGAAUGUGUGAACAUCCUGCCCGAGGGGAUUCCUGCUGAGUCCCCGCCCUCCCCUUUAACUCCCACUCUCCCCUUUAACAGCCACGCUCCAGGUUUAAUUCUCAACGGUUAUGACAGACCGCCACUCCCCGCCAGCGUACUGUGACAUCAGAGGCAGUGCUUCAGUGACGUAAUUCCGCCUCUUGCCCACCACCGUUGCUUCCACUGUAUUCAGGUUCAAGAAAUCCCCCAACUAUGAUCCCGGUGAAUCACACAGACAGGAAGAGCCCGACGAAAGAUUCUUUUUGCUGAGUCAGGCCAGUAUAAUGAUGUUAAAUAGACGAAUCCUUUGGCUGUGACCCUGGAUCUGCAGCGAUCUCGGACACGGCCCUGAAGUGUGGUUUUAUAAUCAUCGGUUUGCCGAUGCAGAGUGACGGUGAGAAACGGGACUGAUUAUUCAACCGGUCACCCGUUGUCACCGGUCAGUUAAUUGUGUGUGACUGUGAGUGAGUCGGGAGCAGUUUAUUUAUUCCCGCACGUCAGCAGCUCACACAUUGUUCAAUUACAUUUGUCAUGAUGAAAUCAAUAAACCGCUUUCUUCUAUAACACUCCUCCGUGCCCGACCAGUCACUGUGAAAAACCUGCCUUGGCAGGUCAUAGCAAAGUGCAACAACUCACACUUGUCUGCAUUAAAUUCCAUUUUCUGCUUCUCAAGCCAUUUUCCCAGCUGGUCCAGAUCACACUGCAAGUCAUGAUAGUCUUCCUUGCUGUCCACUACACCACCAAUCUUGGCGUCAUUCACAAAUUUGCUGAUCCAGUUAACCACACUAUCAUCCAGAUUACUGAUAUAAAUGACAAACAACAACAGAUCCAGCACUGAUCCCUGUGGCACACCACUAGUCACAGGCCUCCAGUCAGAGAGGCAACCAUCUGCUUCCACAUACUGGCUUCUCCCAAAGACAGUGUCUCAUCCAAUUUACUAUCUCAUCUUGAAUGCUGAGUGACUGAACAUUCUUGACCAACCUCCCAUAUGAGACUUUGUCCAGUGCCUUGCUAAAGUCCAUGUGCACAACAUCCACUUCCUCGAGAGUCUCUGCAAGAUUGGUUAGACAUGACCUACCAUGCACAAAGCCCUGAUGUCUAUCCUUAAUCAGUCCACACCUAUCCAAAUACUUACAGCAUAUCUCCAGUUCCUGCACACACGUUCCAAGAACUUUCCCACUACUGAUGUCAAGCUCACCAAUGUACAAUUUCUUAGUUUAUUUUUAGAGCCUUUCUUGAACAGCGGAACAACAUUGGCUGUCCUC